AUGGGUGAUGAAACACCAGAGAAAGAAAGACUUCCUGCGUUGGAGAAGCAGAUGGCUGCGUCAAACACUGCAAUUGCAAAAUUGACCGGUCUCGUCAAACAGUUGCUAUUGAAGGAAUCACCGGAGAAGCCGAAGGAAACGAAUUCGGAGUCGGAAGAAGAACAAGCAAAGACGGGAUCAGAUGACGAGUUUGACACUGCCAGCAAAACCUCGCAACAAGAAGGAAGGAGUUCUUUUCGAAACUUAAAGAUUGAUUUCAAGAUUGAAGUUCCGAUGUACGAUGGCAGCGUCAAUGUUGACAAGUUGGACGACUGGAUUGAGCGGCUUGACACAUAUUUUACGUUCCAUCGUUUUACAUCGCAAUCCUACCGGAGGAAUAGUGAUGAGGAGGUAGUGUCGUGGAAGCAGUUCAAAGAAUUGCUUAGAAAGAAGUUCUAUCCAGUAGGGUUUCUGGAGGAACGUUGGCAUAAGUGGCAUAACUUGCGUCAGAAAACCAAUCAGUCCGUGGAGGAUUACACUACCGAAUUCCAGAAUCAAGCUAUGGUUCUAGAUAUAUCCCUGAAGGAGUAUUCGGUAUUUAUGAAGUACGAAGCAGGACUGCAUGAGUACCUCCAAAGGGAGUUGAGAUUGUUCAUGGUACAAUCUGUUGAAGACGCUAGCGUGAAAGCCAUCACCAUUAAGAAGAAGUUUAGGAAGAACGAAACCAAGGGAGAUGGAAAACAGACUGGGGGUAAGUCGAAUGAUUCCUAUGCCAAAACGGAAGAGCAUAAGAAUGGUGUAUCUGAUGGGAAAGCAUGUUUGGUUUGCAGUUACUGCGAAGGAAUAGGCCAUGUGGCAGAUAAGUGUUGGGUAAAGUUCCCUUACCUUAAGCCAAGAGUAUUACGGCACAAGGAGGAGAGGAAGAAGACAACAUUAAUCACCAACGAGAGAUGCUAUCUACGAAAGGAAGGCUCAGAACAGAAGUACACAUUUACGAAAGACGGACAACGAUUCGUUAUUCGGGCGACGUCACUCCCACCAGAGGCAAGCUUGGUAGCAGCGACUCAGGCUAAAAGAUUAGUCAAUGCUUGCAGGAAAUUUGUCUUGUUGACAUGUCCACAUGAAGGGCACUCAAGUCAAGAUGUUGAGAAGACAAAAUUGAAGAAGUCACAAGCAAAGUACAAGAUCAGAUCUUGUAACUUUGGUAUUAGCGACUUAGUGUGGUUAAGGCGGAGUAAAGAGAGCCUUAAAGAGGAUCCGUUGCCGGCAGAUUGCAUUUUGGAGCAGCAAGUGGCUACGACGCGUCGAGGGGAGUGUACAGUGUUCCGCAUUGGACGUGCAGGUCAGGAGAAGGAGGCUCCUUCGUUUACAUUGUCUUCAAUGUGGGACAAGAAGCCCAUUCCUACUCUUCAAGGUGUUGUGAGAGGGCAUGUUGGUGAGGCCGAGAAUGUGACUUCCAGUCCUCAUCAUAAAAGCUAUAAAUGUCUUGAUCCUUCCUUUGGUCGUGUCUCUGUCUUCGGUCAUGCCCACCUGCCGAGCCACUCUUCUACUUCGGGCCCAAGCCCAAACCCAAGCCCAAUCCUUCAACAAGAAACCAAUACCCACAUUGAUUCACCAUUACAAACAGUUCCUCUGGUCACCACAAUCUCCUCACAAACGCGUUACCCUGCUCCAAUCUUGUCCUCGACUGUAUCGGCGUCACCAUCCACCAACACGGUGCCACCAACCCUAGCCACCUACCACCGCCAUGCCCCGUCGAUCCCACCACCCCCUCCACUCUCUUCCCCAGUUGUUAUUCACACAUACCGACGCCGCACACAACAUCCUUCACCAUCUCCGGCUGCCGUUGCUCCUUCCCCACCUGUGGCUUCCUCUACCUUGCCGGAACCAUCAACUGCUGCACCAGAACCCUCCACAGAUCCGCCCCCUUCCAUCGCGGCUCUGCCUCUCCCUAUGCAAACCAGAUCACGCAUGGGCAACUCCAAGCCCAAAGCCUCUCAAUCCCAGGAAUGGCGUACCGCCAUGGCGGAAGAAAUCAAUGAUAUCUUGAAGAACCAGACAUGGACUCUAGUUCCGCCUUCCCCUACACAAAACACUGUUGGAUGGGUUUCAGAAUUAAACAUCUUGCCCACCUUGUUGCCAAAGGAUUCCAUCAGCGCCAUGGCAUUGACAAUCAUGAAACAUUCAGUCCGGUUAUCAAGCCUGCCACGAUUCGCAGUCAUUGCUAUUGCGGUAUCUAAAGGCUGGAGUCUUAGUCAACUUGAUGUCAAAAAUGCAUUUUACAGGGGUUUCUCAAUGAAGAUGUGUAUAUGACCCAACCGCCUGGUUUUGUCGACCCUGACCAUCCAUCCUAUGUCUGUAAACUGCACAAGUCCCUCUACGGCCUCAAGCCAGCUCCUCGUGCCUGGUUCCAUCGCAUUAGUGCCUUCCUCUUAUCUGAUGGGUUUCUUCAAAGUACGGCGGAUCACUCUCUUCAUAUUUCACCAUGAGCUACACACCAUAUACCUGCUUCUCUAUGUCGAUGAUAUUGUCAUUACUGGUAGCCAUGACCGCAUUGUUGAGAGUUUUAAUUAUUCAUGCUCUCAGCCACGGCUUUGAUAUAAAAGAUCUUGGUGCUCUCCAAUAUUUCCUUGGCUUGCAAGUGUCCUCUUCUAUGGUUUUCAUAUUGACCAACUCAAAUAUGCCCAUGACAUCCUCUAGAAGUAUGAUCUCCUUCUCAGCCAACCUAAGAGCACACCUAUGGCUACCAAACCCCCUCUCAUAGCUACUGAUGGAGAACCACUAGAGAAUCCAACACUCUUUCGUGAAAUGGUAGGGUUUCUCCAAUACCUUACCAUUACACGCCCAUAUAUAUCCUUUGCUGUUAACUCGGUUGCAUAGUUCAUAAUUCAACUACCUUGGCACUAACUUAAUAUCUUGGUGCUCGAAGAAGCAAUCUACGAUUGCCCGUUCUAGUGCUAAAGCUGAGUACCGCUCACUUGCUCAUGCAUCUGCUGAAACAACCUGGUAUUAUUUGAACUUGGUGUGCACAUUGCUCUUCCAGUUGUGCUCCAUUGUGAUAAUCUAAGUGCUACUCAUAUAGCAUCUAAUUCGGUGUUUCACGCACGUACUAAGCACAUAGAACUUGACUACCAUUUUGUUCGUGAAAAGUUGCUCUUGGUAGUCAUCAUGUUUGUUACAUUUCAUUUGUCAACCUACCAACUGACCUCACAAAACCUCUCCACAAACAUUGCCAUCCUGCCUUGUGUGUCAAAGUUGUCUAUCCAAGGCCAUCCAGUUUGCGGGGGGAUAUUAAUGUCAAAAUAUCUUCCACACAAAUCAAGCCUGAUUUGAAUCAUUCAUUAUCUUCCUAGAUUGAAUGUAAAAUCAUCAGUGUAAAUUCAUAUUGAUUGCUAUG